GUUAGAAAAACUUCAAGCUCGUGUCCUAGAAAACAAAACAAAGGAGAGUUAAAGCUACCAAAUUUGAAUCCUUGCCUUUAAUUUGUUUUCCCCAAAUUUCUCGGAAAUCAAAUUCCAUCCGCCGGCUGGAGAAUGUCCACUCCCGAUCCCAAUCCCAAUCCCAAUCCCAAUUCCUCUCCCAACGUCUCUGUAUCAGUACCGCGUCCUAUCGUCACCGCAUCUGAAUCUCCGGUGACACAAUCUAACACAGUCAAAACGCCGUCACCUCAACCUCAAUCACCAGCUCCGUCGUACAGAGCCAUAGCUCCGUUUCAUCGUCAUCCUCAUCCUCAUCCUCAUCAAAAUCACUACACUCAUCCUUCACCGAUCAGGCGUUCGAAUUCCGUUGCUGGUUCGCCUCAUCAGCCUCACCCACCACAACCAGACCCUUCCACUCUUAUAUACCCGUUUGGUUCUUCGGGUCGAGGGUUUCCGACCCGACCCGCUAGACAGAAUUCGAAUUCCGUCGCUGAUCCUGUGGCUAGUCCAGGUGGGCAUCCUCCUCGGCCGGUUUAUGCGUACCACCAUGGCCAAUUUGGUUCGAAUUUGGAUCCUAUGUUUCAGUUCAUGAGAGCUGCGCAUCCUCAGAAUCAACAAUCUCCUCAACUUGGGCCUGGUCAUAUGAAGGGAGUUCCUCAUUUCUUGCAACCUCGGGCUACUCCUUCUCCAACUUCAAUUCUAGACAAUGUUGGGCAUAAAAAGGCCAGAAGCCGGGAUGAUGCUCUGGUCCUUGUUAGAAAAAGAAAGGUUAGAAUAACAGAGGGGGCUUCACUGUAUUCACUGUGUAGAUCUUGGUUGAGAAAUGGUGCUCAUGAGGGAAUUCAGCCGCAGCGAAGUGAUACACUGACAUGUUUGCCAAAGCCUUUGCCUGUGGAUAUGACUGAGACAAGUUUGCCAAAAGAUUCAGUUGAAGAACCAAAUCCCGAAGAAGACAAAGAGGACGAGGAAUCUGUGAAAGAGUUGUCAACAUCUGAUCUUUUGAAAAGACAUGUAGACAGAGCUAAGAAGGUCCGCUCUCGAUUGAGAGAAGACAGGUUAAAGAGAAUCGCAAGGUACAAGGCAAGGUUGGCUCUUCUUCUGCCACCAUUUGGAGAGCAAUGCAGGAACGAGUAAGGAUAUAAAGUUAGGGACAUCUGUGUGAAUAUUCUUGCAAUUGAUUUAGAGAUGAUAUAAGGGGGAAAGGGUACCUUAGAGCCAGAGGUGUGUGUGUGUAAUGUAAGAAAGUUUUUUCUCUGAAUUCUCGUCACAGUAGUAGAUGAUUCUAAACUGAUCAACACUCUCAUAACUUUCUGAGAUGGUUAACUUAUAGUGCUGUCAUAUGUUUUUCUUGGCUAAGUGUUCUUUCUUACUCAAAAUUUUAAUCAUAUAUAUUAGAUUGUUUUUUCA